AAUAAUAUAUUUUUUUUACAAAUAUAAUUAUAUCGAGCAUAGGUGAAGAAAAGGGACGGGGAAAACGCAGUCUUGUUCAUUUAAGCAAUUUAUGUUUUCGAUGCAAUCAAGUUUCAUCAAAUUGCCAACAUUUCGGUUGCUAACGUCCUAUAUGUUCAAAACGUAUAUAACUUGACUCGUAAUUUUCUCUCUUAUUGUAAAACUCAGUAUUUUUCCAUAUGCAUGUUUGUGUUGGUCGAGAAAACAAUGGAUUUUUUUGUGUUUAUACAUAUAUAUAGUGAGCGGUUUUUUCUUUGUUAGUGAGUUCGCACGUGAGUCAUGGAUGAUUUCCGCGAAGAUUGUCUUUGAGCAUCAGCACAACCGACGUGUAUCGAUCCUACUGUAAAUUUCCAGUUAAUGGCAACCCUCCACCACACAGACUGCGCAUGCACCCUCGAACUCGCCGUGUGUUCAUCAAGAACCUUUAGUCUACUCUACAAGGUCGGGAGAAGUGUUUUAAUAAUUAUACAAGAGGAUCCUAAUUGCAUCGUCUUUUUCAUCUAUUCCUGUUCAUUCAGCUUAUUCUCAAAAGUCAAAAACAAAAAGCAUCAAAGCCCCACUGAGGGGUUCGAAGAUUACAGCCGAAGAAAAAAGAAAAAAACGAAAGGUUGCGUACGUCAUUGUAACGGUAUCACUAUAUCACAGGUAUCGUUGUACCAGGUAGAGAGAAAUACGUUCUCCAUUCAGUGGAGAAGAAGGUGAAUCUGGUGUGAAGGGUGACCGACGAGAGAGCUCGAGGAACCAUCGGACGACUAGAAGAGAUCAAAGUACAAAUAAACCACGCGCGACCAACCAAGUAAUAUAAUCCAAUGUAUUACGGUCCCCCCGGUUCCGCAGAGGAAGCCGCCGAGGAAACAUGUCGCUACCACGGGAAUGGAGCUUUCAGGACUCGUGUCGGGCAUCGAGACUGCUCGAGGACGUCGACCUCGACGUCGUCGCAAUGGCAGCGUCGUCCCAGGAGAUGGUCGUCACAGGCAGCAGCGCGAUCAUCGACGAAAAUAUGAAUAAUCAACCGGCGACGCAGCUGGGCUCGCUGCUUUCUAUCCACUCGGCCCCGGUGUUCGAUCUGAGCGGCAGCGUCGCCGUUGGAGCACCCUCGCCGAUUCAACCAGGAUCCUUGGCGGUUCAGGUGACGGCGACGUCAACCCCAAUCGUGCCCCCGCAUUUGCAGAGCCCCGAAGGCACCCUUCUCGAGGACGAGGACACUGACAACCUGCUGACGAUAUCCAGCCUCACUGCCCGGCCGCUCAUCGCUAAAUCGAGAGAGCUCAGAUCCGUCAAAUGUAUAGCCCCAAAAGGCAAAAAAUCCCGGCAAAAGAAUGAGACUAGGAAACCCCGGAAUACCACAUAUGUCCCUCUGGACGGUGGUUACGGUUGGGUGGUGGUGUUCGGAGCCUUCUUCGUGCAGUUUUGGGUGACGGGACUGGUCAAAUCCUACGGUGUGCUCUAUGUCGAAGUCAUGGAGACAUUCAAGGAUUCGUCCGCUUCGGUUGCGUCCUGGAUACCGGCGAUUCUGACGUGCCUAUGUCUAGCGCUCGCUCCAAUAACGAGUAUGCUCUGUCAGAAGUACAGUUGUCGAACGGUGGUUUUUGUGGGAGGACUUUUCUGCGCUCUAGGACUUAUAACUAGUUACUUUGCCACGCGAUUGAUACAUCUCUUUUUUACAUUCGGAGUGCUGACAGGUUUGCUAAACUUCAAUUAUGUCUUCUCAUUCAUCGAUCAGACCACACUUCAUCUUACGUUAUCGAGGAAAAAAAAUUUUAUAGGUAUCGGCGGCGGCUUGUCUACGACGCCGGGUAUAAUCCUGGUGUCGCAGUACUUCGAUAAGCAUCGCGCACUGGCAAACGGGAUCUGCGUGUCCGGCACUGCCGCGGGUAGCUUCAUGUUCCCGCUUCUGAUCGAGCUCCUGGUCAAGGAUUUCGGUUUCCAUGGCACGAUAUUGCUACUGGGCGGUUGCAUGCUGCAUGUGUGCGUCAGCGCGACAUUAUACCGGCCACUGGAUGAAAAUUACGCACCUGAGGAACACAUCUUGGUAGAGAAGAUCGAGAAAGAAGUAAAAGAACAGGAUCAGGACAAGUCAACGCAACAGAAAUUGGAGCUGUUAUUCGCCAAUGAUCCAACUGCCCGUCACAAUAUGUUGAAUGAACUGUUUCACCAGAACAGCAAUAUAGUGGCGGUCGAAUUAACCGAUAGCGAUGAGGAAAAGGACGUGAUGGGUGAAGGUCUUCCUAUGAAGUCCAUAUCCAAGAUUCGCAGUUCCAGCAUUCUGCACAGCGUGGAAGAUCUGUCGACGGACUCGACGUGCGUGUACAAGGCCGCGAGAUCGUCGCUGAGAUCGCUGAGAUCAUCUGUGACGGCGAUGGGUCCGACAGAACAGCAACAGCCGCCAUCGUCACCGCCAAGCAGGAUGCCAUCCUUGACACCAACGGCAGCAUCGACGGAAUCUAAGAUUACGUUCAUGCAGAGAGUCACGCGCUAUAUCGAUUUGUCACUGCUGAAGAAUCCACAGUUCAUCAUGAUGUGUAUCUCCGUCAGUUUAAUGUCCACUGGCAGCCCGUAUAUGUUGUACUAUCUGCCGGCGUACGUUCACGCCGCCGGUUACACCAAAUCGGAGGCUGGUUAUCUGGUGGCCAUCUCCGCUGCUCUCGACUUGUGCGGUAGACUCGGCCUUGGCUGGCUGUCGGAUCUCAAGCUGUUCGAUCGACGGAAAGGAUAUAUCGGAAGUGUAGUGGGUGCCGGCGUGGCAGUCCUCGCGAUCCCGAUGGCUCACUCCUUUUAUGUAUUGGCGUGUUCUGUCGGCAUGUAUGGAUUGUGCCUAGGCUGUUGGUUUCUCCUAGUUCCCGUCCUGCUCGCCGAUCAAUAUGGCACCGACAAAAUAUCGUCUAGCUAUGGUCUGGUGAGGAUGUUCCAGAGCUUCGGUGCGAUUUCCAUUCCACCACUCGCAGGUUACUUGCGUGACGUAACCGGAAGUUAUACCGUGUGUUUUCUGUGCAUGGGUACAUGUAUGGUUAUAGGAGGUUUACCUCUGCUUUUGGUUUUCAAUGAGAACCAGACAGAUCCAACAACAGCAACAAAGCUGCCCGUAAACACCGAGAAUAACAAUCGUCAAGGGGACACUACCGUAAAAGAAUAA